UUAUUAGAAAUGUAUAAAAAUGAUUUAGAAGAAGAUCAUCCAAUAACAUUACUAGCAAUGAGUAAUUUAGCAUCAACAUAUCAGAAUCAAGGGCAAUGGAAAGAGGCAGAAGAGCUAGAAUUACAGGUGUUAUCAGCAAGAAAGCUUGUUUCAGGAAAAGAUCAUCCAAUGACAUUGCUAGCUAUGAGUAAUUUAGCACCAACAUAUCGGAAUCAAGGGCGAUGGAAAGAGGCAGAAGAGCCAGAAUUACUUAUAUCAUUAGCAAACUAUAAGGAUCAACUAUAA